CUUUCUUCUCUCUACUUGCUCACGUCCUCCUCGCUUCUCUCUCUCUCUCUCUCUCUCUCUCUCUCUCUCUCUUUUCCAGUACAUACAUGGCCACCACCGCCUCCUCCUACAUGGCCUUCGCAAACCCUAAAUCCCCUCCUCCUCCUCCUCCUCCUCCUCCUCCUCCGCACCCCGCUACGCAAUGAGUUCUCGUCACCGCCCCCCCAACCCCCUCUUCCUCAUCCUCACCCUCCUCCUCUUCGCAUUCUCCUCCGCCGGAGCCGUCACCGCCCUGUGCCUCCGCGACCAGUUCGCCUCCCUCCUCCAACUGAAGCGGCGCUUCUCCGGCGGUAGCCUCACCUCCUGGGUCGCCGGCACCGACUGCUGCGCCUGGGGCGGGGUCGAAUGCGACCCCGUCUCCGGUCGCGUCACCGCCCUCGACCUGAGCGGCCGAUCCAUCGCCGGUGAGCUUUACUUCCCCGCGCUCUUCAACCUCACCUCGCUCCGCUCCCUCAACCUCGCCUAUAACCUGUUCGACCAAAUUCCCCUCCCGCAGCUCGGGUUCGAAGCCCUAGCCAAUCUCACCCGCCUCAACCUCUCCAAUUCGGGCUUCGUCGGCCAGGUCCCCGCGAGCAUCUCUCGCCUCUCCAAUUUGGUCUCCCUCGACCUCUCCACCUUCUACCUCAACGAGCGCCCAAACUCCUCCCUUUACCUCCGAGACCCGACUCUCCGGACCCUCAUUGCCAAUCUCGGCCGCCUCCAAUUCCUCUACCUCGAUGGCGUUGAAAUCGCCGCCGACGGGCCCGGAUGGUGCGGCGCGGUGGCGGCGUCGGCCCCCGGACUUCGCGAGCUGAGCCUUUCGGGGUGCUCUCUUGCGGGUCCUCUCAACCCGUCCCUCUUGCGCCUCCGGUGGUUAUCAAAACUCCGCCUUGAUCAGAAUAACUUGAGCUCCCCGUUGCCCGAGUUCUUCUUCACAAACUUCUCUUCACUGGGCGUGCUUCGGUUGAGUUCCUGUGGGCUUAAAGGUGUCUUCCCUGACAGGAUAUUGCAAUUGAGAAAUUUGACGGUUCUCGAUGUGUCGGCCAAUCCUUUGCUGUCCGGGUGGUUGCCGGAUUUCCCAAAAGAUAGUGUUUUGGAGAGUUUAGUGCUAUCAAGCACGAACUUUUCAGGGAAUUUACCGGAUUCGAUCGGUAAUCUCAAGUCACUAACAAGAUUGGAGCUAUCGGAAUGCGGUUUCUCCGGAUCAAUACCGGCGUCGGUCGCUAAUCUUACCCAGCUUGUGCAUUUGGAUCUUUCCUUUAAUAAUUUCAGUGGUCGGAUCCCUUCUUUCGGGCAAUGGCCGAUGAUUUCGGAGAUUAACUUGGCUCAUAAUAGUCUGAGUGGAUCAAUACCUCCCUCUGAUGAUUAUGCGGGGCUGCGUAAGCUAACCAAGAUUGACCUACGGAACAAUUCACUGACCGGGCCGAUUCCUGGCUCUCUGUUUGCUAUCCCUUCUUUGCAGCUUCUGCAGCUUUCCCAGAACCAACUCUCAGGUAUUCUCGCGGGGAUUUCAAAUGCAUCUUCAUCGUUAGCAACUAUCGACCUAAGCUAUAAUAAUCUUCAAGGAAUUAUCCCACAAUCUGUGUCCCAGCUCUCAGGACUUAGUGUUCUCUCACUUGCAUCAAACAACUUUAGUGGCACGUUGGCCCUUGAUAUUCUUCGGAGCAUGAGGAAUCUCUCCAAGUUGGAUCUCUCAAAUAAUAUGAUCAUAGUUGUAGAUGGCGAUGACAAUAGUUCAUUCGAUUCGUUUCCAAAGAUAAGCACAUUGAAGUUGGCGUCCUGCUAUCUAUUGAAGAUCCCUACUUUCUUGAGAUACCAGGAUGUAAUAAGCGAUUUAGACCUCUCCAACAACAAGAUUUCUGGUGCUAUACCCAGUUGGAUAUGGAGUAUCGGAAUGGAGAGCUGGACAUAUUUAAACCUCUCUCACAAUAUGUUUACUAGUGUAGAAGGUCUUACUGAUCUUUCCUCGAUCCCUUUAAUGACCCUUGAUAUCCAUUCUAACAUGCUUCAAGGAUCGGUUCCCUUCCCUCCACCGAACAUUAUCAUCUUAGAUUAUUCAUACAACAACUUCAGUUCGUCUAUUCCUUUUAGCUUCCCAUCAUACCUUAACGUCACCAUCUUCUUCUCGGUGUCCCAUAACAGAUUAACCGGAGAAAUCCCGGCUUCAUUUUGCAAUGCAACCUAUCUGCAAGUCCUCGAUCUUUCCUAUAAUGGUUUUAGUGGUUCAAUGCCUUCUUGUCUCCUGAAAGGAAACAGUGGUGAUCUGCGGAUAUUAAAUCUAGGAGCUAAUCAGCUAACUGGUACCUUGCCUCAGGAUGUUAGCGGAGGAUGUGAGCUUCGAACUAUAAAUCUCAGCAGUAACAUGUUAGAAGGGAAGCUGCCGCAAUCUCUCGCCAACUGUCGGAUGUUAGAGGUUCUUGACAUUGGGAACAAUCAAAUUGUUGACUCCUUUCCAUAUUGGUUACGUGAACUCUCUGCACUUCAGGUCCUUGUUCUUAGAUCAAAUGGAUUCUAUGGUCCUGCAGCGCAUCCUACUUCAACCACAGGAAGAAACUCUCCAUUUCCAAUGCUACAAAUAUUCGACAUUUCAUCAAACAGCUUCAAUGGUAUGUUACCGUCGGAUUGCUUCUCAGAUCUGACGGCAAUGAAAGUCGGUUCUGAAGAUAAACAAUUCACAGUUGGAUUCAGCUAUCUGAACUACACCAAGUCGUACUAUGAGGAUUCGGUGACUGUGACAUUCAAAGGACUGGAUAUUACACUUGUAAAGAUCCUGACCGUCUUCACUUCGCUUGAUCUAUCUAACAACGGGUUUGAAGGCGGUAUUCCCGAAUCGGUCGGAGAGCUCAAGAUGCUCUAUUUGCUGAACAUUUCGCACAACUCCUUCAGUGGUGAAAUCCCUUCUCAAAUAGGGAACCUUUCACAGCUUGAAUCACUGGACCUAUCUUCGAAUAAUCUUUCCGGGGAAAUUCCUCAAACGCUUGCCUUGCUUACAUUUCUCUCUUCUCUUAACCUCUCAUACAACAACUUGGUGGGGGGAAUUCCACAGUACCAUCAAUUCCCUACAUUCUCAAACCUUUCCUUUCUGGGUAAUCCAGGAUUAUGCGGGCAGCCAUUAACGAGGCAAUGCAACUCAUCAAGAACAGCGCGUGAUCAAGCUUUGAACUCAAAGUCUAUUGAAUUGAAUUGGCAAUUUAUAUCUGCAGGCAUAGGAUACGGUGGGGGUUUGGCGAUAGUGGUCGGGCCAUUAAUGGUGUGGAGCAAAGGGAAGAGAUGGUUUAAUAAGUAUGUGGAUAGAAUGCUUUUGGCUGUAUUGCCGUUGUGGCUCUGUGAAACUUGUGGGGAUGGGAGGGUAGGGACUGAGGAAGGAGAUGAUGACGCGGAUUCGAUGGAGGAAGAGGAAAAUAGGAAGUUCUGUGUAUUCUGUACUGGGUUGGAGAUUCAUGAAGAUAAGGUGGUGAUACAUCAUGUGGAGUGCUCUUGUCCUAAGUUUUGAUGAUGGGUCUUGAUACUUUGUACAUAGUCAUACGUAAAGAAUAAUAAGAUGAUCCCCAAUUGAAAUGGUGGGGAACACAUUUACUUAAUAGAAUUAAUCAUUCUUUUUUAAAA